AUGGUCGUCCUUGAUAAUGAUAAGGAAUCGUUGGGAAUUCACGUCAUGCCCGAUCAGGAUUCACUUGGCAGAACAAUUGGAUUGCUGGUUCACAACGUCGACAAGGGAGGCAAGAUAGCGAAGAAUGGACAGAUUCGAGAGAAGGAUUGCAUCGUAGAGAUCAACGGCACCUCGCUGUCGGACGUCACAUUUCAAAGAGCACAGAGUAUAUUGAGAGAGGCCUUGAACUCUUCAAAGUUGUACCUUCGAGUGGUACCACACGAGUACAGAAUGACGUCAUCAUUCAUCAGACCUGCCAUUCCGUCAACAUCCACACCGUGCAAAGACGAUGCACUGAUGUUCACACCUAGCAAGGCGAACCCACCAACAACUGCACACGUGAAUUCAACGAAACCAUUUUACACGCCUACAGUUAGAAGUAGCAACAAUUUUCAAGGGGGCAUGAGUCAGAUGGCCAAGUCAUCAACAUGCUCCAAAAUCACGCAACCAUACCCCGUAAUCAACUCUCUUGUUAGUUCAUCAAAACUGCAAACCUACGCUCCGACUGCAGACAGACAACAUGUUCAGAUAGUCAAUUUUAAAGUUGAUCUAAUUAAAGGAGCUCACGGCUUGGGCUUCAGCAUCACGACGAAGGACAAUGUGACUCCUAAACAAACGUUUCCAAUCUUCAUCAAGCACAUCCUUUCGCAAGGUGCCGCUGUCGAAGAUGGCAGGCUGCAGGCCGGUGACAAAAUAUUGAAAGUUAAUGGCAUGGACACGUCGACAAUAAACCAGGAUGAGAUCGUUUCUUACCUGAGAGGUAUCAAAUUAGGAGGGAAAGUUGAGAUGCUCGUCGAAAGGCUGGUCGUCAACGCUGACAUUAACAACAACAACUUCAACGUGGACACAUAUUGUGAUUUCGGUAACAACCUCAGCGAAGAAGACGUCUACACCUACGUCAUCAGUUUGGCGGGAAACAUGGGCAUAGGAAUAAGUGUUCGAGGUAAGACCAAGAAAGAAGACAACGGAGAUGUGAAUGAUUUGGGGCUGUUUAUCAAGUCUAUCCACCCAAGUGGUGCAGCUGCUAGAGAUGGAAGAUUGAAGGAGGGCGAUAAAAUCAUUCAAGUGAAUGGAGUAUCCUUACGUAACUUAACAAACUCAGCAGCCAGAGAAGCAUUGAGGAAUGCGAUGGAUUACGAAGGACCGGAACCAGAAUCCGUUUACUUUGCUGUGCAUAGAUGUGCCAACAGGAAUUCUUGGAUGAUUAACACUCCUAGUUCAUCAGCAUACAAGGUUUGUAAGCAAGACAACAUUGCAUCUUCAACAAAAGAUUCGGCACAGAAAUAUUCACAUGAGAGAAUAAGAAAUCGUAUUCCAAGCUUUUCCACUAGUAACAAAAUGAACGCAGAUGGGAUUAACACAAACCAUGACGCUACCUUCGUUGAAAUAACAAACAACUUCUCAAGAGACGUUCCCAACAUACAGAGUGUGUCAGACAGAAAGAAAAUAAAUCGUGAAUCAUCACACGUUUCUUGCAAUAAAGUUAAAAUCUCAAGAAAUGAAUUAAACGAAACACAAGUUACGCUGAAAAAGGCCCUAUCCGACGAAUCGUUGGUCAGCCAUAGCACGACGAUAAUAAAGACGCCCCAGGUCGACACACGCACUUGUGGACUGAAGAGGGAAACACUGAAAAAGUAUACAUCAGUUGAGAAUAUGGCCAAAUUCAACAGAUUACCAAUGUCCAACCAAAUGCCCUCAGUGGCUUCCCAAUUGAAGAAAGUUCCAGAAGAUGAGACAACACAAACUAAUAAUGUUUGCAGCACGGCAAACAAAAACAAAUUCAAAAGUAUUUUCAAAAAUAUUAAUUUUUUCAAAUCAAAAUUCAAAAAAGAGAGCAAAAUAAACCAAACUCCUGACAGUGCGCCCAUCAGUGCCAACAAUACUGCCGAAGAUAAAAAGUCAAUAAUCGAGCAGUUGACUCGCAAACAUCCCCACAACGUAAUCAUUCCUUUCCAGAACGAUAUCGUGACGUCAUCACAGACGAGUGACUACAACACCAUCGACAAGAAUCCUAACUCAAAUUUUGCAAUGAAACAAAGACACGCUUACGAUUCCUCUAACAUUUAUCAAUCUAACAACUACAACGUCAGAUCGAACCAAUACACGUCGCACAGCAAUCAACAGGCAGCAACAACCAACCAAGAAAUGUGUAACUGCAGCGAUUGUUUCGCUUACCAUCAACGUCAUUAUCAGCAGCAGCAGCAACAACAUCCUUAUUCACACUUUCCCGCCUGCAUCACUCCACAAUUUUCACGACCAAGGAACGUCUCAGGAAUGGCAAACCGAAAUUCGCAAUUGUAUGAUUAUUGUCCAAACUAUUCAACUGAUGAAGAAUUCAUGCCUCAUCACCCUGCUCACUGCCAUCGCCCGCAGCAAUACUACCAGACGCAGCAACUCUACCAGCCGACACGCAGCAGCAGACCUUUCUACAACAGCAGCAACAACAAUCCACAUUAUAAUUACAACUGCCAAACUCAAGGUAGCGACUACAACAGCGAUGACUUCAUCGAUACGAACCACGACUACGACGAUCCUUUCAACGAAACUUCAACCACGCUCCACCACUUCUGAACGAUUAAUACUUUCUUAGAAAUUGACUAUUGUAAUUAUUUUAUGUUCCAUUUUGUUUCAAUUUUUAAAAUAAAAGCAAUGAAGAUC